UUGUGUCCCAUGGGUCGGGUUUGCAGAGGGUGGGCUGGCGUCCGUGGCGUGCGUGGUCCAGGGACAGCCGAGAGGGCCGCUGGGCGGGGACCGUUCUCCCGGGGCUUGGGACCGUGGCCGUGGUUUGCCGGUCCCGGCCUUCCGUGCGUUCGAGGGUCGACACCGCCCCACGUGGUGGGUGCCUCGGCGGUGAAGCUGAGGCUCCGGGAGGCUCCCCUGAGCGCUUGGGGCCGCCGCCACCCACAGACCAUGUUCCUGGUCCGUCUGACUUCUCAGCUGCUCAGGGUUGUUCCCCGGGGAGACCUCCGUCGGCCCUGGCCCCUCUCGGGAGUGCUGGGCAGAGCUGCUUGCAGGCUCCACUACAGCAUGCAGCUCACAGGCCCAAAUGGGGCUGCUGUCCUCCCUGGCAAGGGUGUCCAGCUGGAGCUUGAGGAGAUGCUGGUCCCCAGGAAGAUGUCCAUCACCCCUCUGGAGAGCUGGCUGACCGCCCGCUACCUCCUGCCCAGCCUGGAUGCUGGGGCCCCAGGGACUGUGGCACCAGCCCAGCUCUAUGAGUGUCCCCCGAGCCAGGUGGGGGAAGGAGCUGAGCAGGGGGGCGAGGGGAUCCCCAGUGCGCCCGGGAUGCAGUGCAAAAACAUCCUGAAGAUUCGCCGGCGGAAAAUGAACCACCAUAAGUACCGCAAGCUGGUCAAGCGGACCCGCUUCCUGCGGCGGAAGAUCCGGGAAGGGCGCCUGAAGCGGAAGCAGAUCAAGUUCGAGAGAGACCUGAAGCGCAUCUGGCUAAAGGCGGGCCUGAAGGAAGCCCCUGCGGGCUGGCAGACCCCCAAGAUCUACCUGAGAGCCAAAUGAGUCCGGGCCCGCCCACACAUCACUGUUGCUGACCCACUGCAAUAAAAGUGCCGCCUGGCCCCUCUG